AUGAGUUACAGGACUGUGGCGAUGUACGUGGAGAUCGGAUGCUUUGUGCUCUGUGUAUCUGGAUGGACCCUGGUCUGUUCCACCCUGCCCACAGAGAUCUGGACUUGGUCCGAGGUCAGUACCAUAGUAUUGACCGCUUCAAACUACUACUCCAACCUGUGGAAGGAUUGUGUAUCUGAUUCAACUGGAGUGUCUGACUGUAAGAUAAUUCCAUCGAUGCUUGCACUGAACUCGGGCAUUCACCUGUGCCGUGCUCUCAUCAUCACUGCUAUCAUCCUGGCCUUCUUUGGAUCAAUUCUGGUCUUAGUAGGAAUGAAGUGCACUAAGAUCGGGGGAUCAGAGAUUGCUAAUGCAAGAAUAACCUUUGCUGGGGGGAUGAACCACCUCAUUGGAGGGAUGUGUUCUAUGAUUGCUUUCUCCUAUUAUGGAAACAAAAUUGUUACAGAAUUUCAAGACCCCAACUACAAAGGUCAGAAGUAUGAAAUAGGCGUUGGUGUCUUUAUCGGCUGGGGAGGCUCAACCUUACUUGUUGUUGGAGGCCUUAUUUACAGUAUCUUUGCAGGGAGGGAAGCGUGCUACUCAAAGUCUAAAAGAUCCCCUGCCUACCAGUUCCCUGAUACCUACACAAUUGUUCCGACACAAAAGAGCAUUGCGACUUCAGUUCGUACAGACAUCAGUGGGAGCAGAAAAUGGAGGACCAGCAGUUACAGCAGAGCCAGCAGCAUCUCUGAAAUCACCAGUACCACCAAGACGUCAGCUACAAAUGCAUAUGUAUGA